AUGCUCACGCGGGUAAAAUCGGCGGUGGCCAAUUUUAUGGGAGGUAUGAUGGCUGGUGGCUCCAAUGGUGACCAUCCCGGCGGCUCGGAGCUGCCCCUGAGAUUCCCGUACAGCAGACCGGAGUUCUUGGGGCUGUCGCCGGACGAGAUAGAGUGCUCGGCGGACCACAUUGCGAGACCGAUCCUCAUACUGAAGGAGACCAAGCGGCUGCCGUGGUCUACCGGCUACGCAGAGGUUAUCAAUGCAGGGAAGAGCACAUUAAAUGAGGACCAGGCCUGCUGUGAAGUGCUGAUGGUUAAGAGGAGACCUGCAGGAAGCUCCACGCCCAACCGGACCCCCACGACCCGUAGGAGGUCUUCCUUGCCCAAUGGAGAGGGUCUGGGCAUCAGGGAGAACCUGGACAGUUCUGAAGACCUCACCUUCCAUUAUUGGGCGCUGUUUGAUGGCCACGCUGGUUCUGGGGCAGCUGUAGUGGCCUCUCGCCUCCUCCAUCACCACAUCGCCCUGCACCUCCAGGAGGUGUUGGAGAUCCUCUGCACACCCAACAUACUGGCCCCAACCUGCCUGGGUGAGGAGCCUAUAAAUCACCAUCUCACCCCGACAUCCCAACGUGCCCUCACCAGGGCCGCAUCGCUCAGAGGGGCUGCGGGUGCUCCGGGCUCACCCAGCACCCCACCCACACGCUUCUUUACUGAGAAGAAGAUUUCACAGGAGAGCCUGGUGAUCGGAGCCAUGGAGAACGCUUUCAAAGACAUGGAUGUCCAGAUAGAAAAGGAGAAGGCGGUCUACAACAUCUCAGGUGGCUGCACUGCUCUGGUGGUCGUCUCUCUGCUUGGGAAACUCUUCGUUGCCAACGCUGGGGACAGCAGAGCUAUCAUUAUACGGGCCGGGGAAGUCAUCCCCAUGUCAACAGAGUUCACGCCAGAGUCAGAGAGACAGCGACUGCAGUUCCUGGCCUACAUGCAGCCCCACUUAUUAGGGAACGAGUUUACACAUCUGGAGUUCCCGAGGAGAGUACAGAGGAAGGAGGUGGGGAAGAGGAUGCUAUACCGUGACUUCACCAUGUCAGGAUGGGCAUAUAAAACCAUCGAGGACGAUGACCUAAAGUUUCCCCUGAUCUACGGCGAAGGGAAGAAGGCUCGCGUGUUGGCGACCAUUGGGGUCACCAGAGGCCUUGGGGACCACAAUCUAAAAGUGCAUGACUCCAACAUCUACAUUAAGCCCUUCCUCUCCUGCUGCCCGGAGGUCAAAGUUUAUCCUUUGGCACAGAGCGAGCAUGGAGCCGAUGACGUUCUUGUGCUGGGAACUGACGGUCUGUGGGACGUCCUUUCCAACCAGGAAGUAGCAGAGGCUGUCACCUGUUUCCUGGCAAACUGUGACCCGGACGAUCAGCACAGGUACACAAUGGCAGCUCAAGACCUCGUAAUGAGAGCACGUGGGGUGCUGAAGGAUCGAGGCUGGAGGAUAUCCAAUGACAGAUUAGGCUCUGGAGAUGACAUCUCUGUCUACAUCAUUCCCCUCAUGUACGGCAACAAGCAGAACUAGCCAAGCUACGAAACCACAACCACCAUGGAAACAUAACCCUGCCUUGACCACCCAACUUCACCUCCGCAGUUUCCCACAUCCCUUGUGCUCUUUUAAAGUGCUUUAGUGUGGACUUCCUCCUUCGCUGCGGAUUCCAAAAUGUUUCUGGUCUGAGACAGCGAUUCCAUCGGAGGAUGAUCAUGUUCCUUCUUUUUGUCCAGCCCUUUUUUUUAUAGAAAAAGAAACUGCUGGAGAAGCUGUAUCAUAAAAAGAGCUGUUGAAGAGUUAAACUACUGAUUUUCCCUCAAUCUUAAUAUUCUGUAUUUCACUGAGGAAGCCAUCUACGUAGACCUUUUUUGUGGAGCAAUGCCUAAGGUUGAGAUCAUGGACUCACAUCGGCGAGAUGGUGUUGUGCAUCUCAGGAUUGCUGUUACUAACUAAUGCACAAUAUUUAUAAAUGUGAAAAUGUAAAUACUACCUGAAGACUGAUGUCCUGUAUACACACAUAUAUAUAUAUGUGUAUAUAUAUAUACAUAUAUAUAUAUGAAUGAUAUACUCUCUGGUCCACGUAGGCUUUUAAUGUAGCCAUGUUCAGUCAUCUGCAGUUAGUCAUUUGUCAGCUGUUUCUCCUAAUGCCGCAGCUGCUAUAUUUGUUUAUUUCUUUCCCUUUUAUUGCAGUACUGUACUCACUACAAAGGAAAACUGCUUCCUUUGACGAUGAAGAAACACAUUUAUGAAGGAAACACUAACAGGUGGAGUCUCCAUUAAGAUUGUGGUGUCAGCUAAAUAUGACCAGGCUUACGACAUCUCAUCAUGCUAUGGAAGCUAGCUCAGCUUUUACAUGAAUUGGAAUUUUU